AUGGGUUGUUCAAAAUUUCUCCCUACACUGCUGCUGCUCCUCCUCAUCAUCCUAAUCAAUCUAUCUAAAUCAUCAUCUCAAUCACCGCAAAAUAUCCAAACUUUUUACCCAUUCUCCCCGCCACCACCACCGUCGCCGAUUCUCCCUCCACCAUCAUCACCGCCUCCAAAUCCACCCACCGAUCGGAUACCGGCUGGUACCAAUUCCUCUACGAGGGCGGCUGUCGGGCGGGCGAUCGGGGUGACCGCCGCCACCACUAUAGUCCUGUCGGGACUCCUCUUUUUCCUCCUCCUCCGGCGCUCUCGCCGGAAAAGCUCAGAGGAGGAGGUCGUCACGGACCCGAUCAACGCCUUCACGAGGUUCAAUGGGAACAUAAAGGGGCUGAUCGUGGACGAGAACGGGCUCGACGUGCUCUACUGGAGGAACCUGGAGGAGGGAGGAGAAAGCUUCACGAAAAAGUAUUACAACGGUGAAGCAGAAGAGGAGGAGGAGGAGGAGCAGGAGAAGAGAAUUGUGAGUGGUAGAGAGAGAAAGUAUAACAAUAAGCCUCCCAAACAGGAUGUGCCUUUGCUGAGAGGGAAAUCCUCCACUUCACAGAGUCCGAUGUGGGAUCAUGUCAUCACCAAACAAGCUAACAUGUCCUUCAACGCAAUGGAAAGGCAAGGCUCUUCAAUUCAACUCACCAAACCACAUAUACUUUCAGGCAAUAGUCUUACGCCACAAACAGCGGUGGAGAUGACACCGCCGCCACCACCACCACCACCACCACCUCCACCUCCACCUCCACCUCCACCGCCAAUGCCACCACAAAUGGCAGUGGAGAGAACAGAAGCACCACCGCUGCCAAUGCCUCCACAAAUGGCAGUGGAUAAAACGGUGGCACCAAAACCUCUGCCGCCAGCACUGCCAAAUAAAAUCCCUGCCCCACCUAAUAAGCGCUCAUCCUCCGCCGGUCGUAAAAACGAGCAAGUGAAGCUCAAGCCCUUGCAUUGGGACAAGGUGAACCCCAAUGCGGUUGACCACUCCAUGGUGUGGGACAAAAUCGAUAAGGGCUCUUUCAAAUUUGAUGGUGACCUAAUGGAGGCACUCUUCGGAUACGUCGCCACGAACCGGAAAUCACCCCAAAGGGACGACCGGUCAGCACCAAGCCCAAGCAAUCCUGCAAAGUCGGGGCCUCCCCCACAAAUCUUCAUCCUCGACAAUCGCAAAUCCCAAAACACAUCCAUUGUGCUUAAAUCGCUCGGUGUCACACGCAAAGAAAUCAUUGACGCGUUAAUCAACGGGCGAAGCCUUAAUCCCGACACAAUAGAGAAGCUCACGAAAAUAGCACCAUCCGAUGAAGAGGCAUCCCAAAUCAUGGCCUUCACUGGAGACCCCACAAGAUUAGCAGACGCCGAGUCUUUUCUCUAUCAUUUGCUCAAAAGUGUCCCAUCGGCCUUUGCACGUUUCAAUGCCAUGCUCUUCAGGUCGAACCACGAAUCAGAAAUAAACUCGGUCAAAGAGUCGCUAAAGUCGCUUGAGCUGGCUUGCGACGAGCUGAGGUCCCGCGGGCUGUUUCUCAAGCUUUUAGAAGCUGUGCUGAAAGCUGGUAACCGGCUUAACGCAGGCACGUCAAGAGGGAACGCGCAGGCUUUCAACCUAACUGCUCUGAGGAAACUGUCGGACGUCAAGAGCUCGGAUGGGAAGACCACCCUGCUCGAGUUUGUAGUUCAAGAAGUAGUCCGGGCCGAGGGCAAAAGGUGUGUUCUGAACAAGAGCCGUGGUGGCUCAAGCCGGACGGGCAGCCAGAGGAGCGACUUCUCAGGAAGCCAGAGUCCGGAACAAUCCAAGGACGAUCGUGAGAGGGAAUACAUGAUGCUCGGACUGCCCGUGAUCGGCGGAUUGAGCGCAGAGUUCUCGAACGUCAAAAAGGCUGCGGCUUUGGACUACCAUCUCCUGGAGAAAUCGAUAGCCACGUUAUCGGAGCAGGUGAAUGCGGUGCGGGAACUGGUUUCCCGUUGUGGGGACGGCGGAGGGUUCGUGCGGGAGAUGAAGGGGUUUCUGGACACGGCCGAGGUGGAGGUGAAGGUGACGAGGGAAGAGGAAAUUAAGGUAAUGGAGCUGGUGAGGAAGACGACCGAUUAUUACCAGGCGGGGGGUUUGGAGGAGAAGGGGGGCAAUGGCAAACUCCAGCUGUUCGUUAUAGUGAGGGAUUUUCUGGGAAUGGUGGAUAGGGUUUGUAUCGAGAUCACGAGGAAUGUGCAGAGGAGAAAAUUGCCGGCGUCGUAUGUGGCCGGCGAGUCGUCCUCGCCGGGGUCGCCGAGGGUUUUCAGGUUUCCGAAGUUGCCGGCGAACUUUAUGUCGGAUAAUUCGAAGAGCAGUUCGGGCAAUGAUUCCGAGGUAAAGUGA